GAUCGCCAACCACCGCCUCGACUCGUCCGUCAUCAGGCUGGUCGGGUCCCCCCCCUUUGGGAUUCGACAGCCUGACAACCUGGCCGACGCAACAGGCAAUCUCCGAACCACCGCCACCUCUGGCGCCGCUUUCUGUUUCUCAAUUUCUUCCAUCCUUCCAUCGACACAAACAAACAAACAAACACACACAAACAUUCGAGCCUCAUCUAGAUUCGCGACAUUACAAGACACGGGCAUUCGCUCUCUUUGAUCUUACGAACAAUGACCCCUGGCCGCCUUCUUUGACGACUCUUUUCUUGAAUCGCCCUUACGAACUGUCUCUGACACCGAAACACCCUCGCAACGACCACAAUGGCUGACGAAGAACACGCAAUCCAGCGCCCAGCGCAAGCAUACCAGACGCCCGCCUGGGAGACGCCCGCCACCAACAAGCGCCGCUCCCUCUUUGAUCGCUUCGUCCCGUCAUCGGCGACACACGGCUACAGGACGGCCUCUGACGACCCGUAUGCCAAAGAAGCCACCGCUCAUCAUCCCCCUCCCGCAUACUCGGCUGGCGCAACAGCCACGACGACGACGGCGACCGCGGCCGUGACUGCGACCCCAAGAACGCAUUCCUCCCUCCACGCCCGCUUCGACGCCCUGCUGCCCCCGCACAAGACCUACGUGGGCCUCUCUCGCAAGCGAUUCCUCCUUUUUGUCCUUCUCCCGCUCGCCAUACUCCUCCUGCUCGUCCUCCCGCUCGCCCUGGGCCUCGGCCUCUCGAACCGCGGCGACGGCAAGCAGGACCUCCCUCUGCCCACGAACAAGGAGGUCCACACGGGAGACCUGACGUACUACGCCGUAGGGCUUGGCGCUUGCGGGCAGACCCACGGCGACACGGACAUGAUCGUCUCCGUGUCGCACUACAUCUGGGACGAGGUGCAGACCGGCGGCAACCCCAACACCAACCCCCUGUGCGGCAAGAAGAUCCGCGUCCGCCGCGAAGGCGAGGGCUCCGUGGACGUGACCGUCGUCGACCGCUGCACCGGCUGCGAGCCGACCGACCUGGACCUGAGCCCGGCCGUCUUUGAGCGGUUGGCCGACAAGGACAAGGGGAGGGUCACGGGCACCUGGAGCUGGCUGGACUGAGCUUUGAAGCACGAGACAGCAGCGGAGGACAUGUUGUGAUGAACUGAGGAAUACUGACGUACAUCGUCUACAUCGUCUACAUCGUCUACAUCCAUACACCCCUGAACCCCGUAGGAGUCUCGCCGGCCGGGAUUCGAUCGGGAUGUUGCGAGAGAGAGAAAGAGAGAGAGAGAGAGAGACGACCGUCGACGAGGAACCGAGGAGGGAAAGACUGUUGCGCUCGCGUGUUUGGAAUUGCUUCGAUACCCCUGUUACGCCCCCUUUUCCACCUUGUUUUUGAUUCCCGUUAUAGAUACCAGUGCGAAUUGAGCCACGCGAAUACGAAUACUUUGUUACUUUUCAUCCAUCGAAACGCCGC